AAUAUCAAACCCUCACGAAUUUUCCUUCUUACACUUUUCCACUUCCUAAAAAAAACAAAAUUUAAAGUUAAAAUUAAAAAGGGUCUUCUUCUCCUACGGACAAACCCUAAACAGCCCACACUGACGGUGGCGGCGGUGACGAGGGCUCGUUGUUCGUUAAUGGAAAUAGAAUCCCUGAGUUGAAUCCGACCCAGAAAGAUCAGAUUCAUAGUGGUGCAGGGGAAUUCGUAAAUGGGUGCUGCCGGUUCCAAACUCGAGAAAGCACUAGGCGACCAGUUCCCUGAAGGCGAGAGAUAUUUCGGUCUUGAGAAUUUCGGCAACACCUGUUACUGUAACAGUGUUUUGCAGGCACUUUACUUUUGCGUUCCAUUUCGUGAACAGCUGCUAGAAUAUUAUGCUAAUAAUAAAAAUAUAGCAGAUGCUGCUGAAGAAAAUCUAUUGACAUGCUUGGCAGAUUUAUUUACACAGAUAAGUUCACAGAAGAAGAAAACAGGUGUCAUUGCUCCAAAGCGCUUUGUACAGAGACUGAAGAAACAAAAUGAGCUUUUCCGAAGUUAUAUGCACCAGGAUGCACAUGAAUUCUUGAACUUUUUGCUAAAUGAACUUGUUGACAUACUGGAGAAAGAGGCUCAAGCAGCAAAAGCUGAUGUGGCAGAGCCCUCAUCACCAUCUGAAAAGACUGCAAAUGGGCCAAAGAAUCCUCAGGCAAAUGGUGUUGCAAAUGGUGUUCAGAAGGAGCCUCUCGUUACUUGGGUGCAUAAAAAUUUUCAGGGAAUACUUACCAAUGAGACAAGGUGCUUGCGGUGUGAAACUGUGACAGCAAGAGAUGAAACUUUCUUUGACUUGAGUCUUGACAUUGAGCAAAACAGUUCUAUAACUAGUUGUCUGAAGAAUUUUAGUUCUACAGAGACUCUGAAUGCUGAGGACAAAUUUUUCUGUGACAAAUGCUGCAGUUUGCAAGAAGCCCAGAAGAUGAUGAAGAUAAAGAAGUCUCCUCAUAUCCUGGUCACCCACCUUAAGCGUUUCAAGUACAUUGAGCAGCUUGGCCGGUACAAGAAGCUCUCUUACCGUGUUGUGUUCCCGCUAGAGCUGAAACUGAGCAACACAGUUGAAGAUGUGGAUUCUGAGUAUUCCUUAUUUGCUGUAGUUGUCCACGUUGGGAGUGGACCCAAUCACGGGCACUAUGUCAGCCUUGUGAAAAGCCAUAACCACUGGUUAUUUUUUGAUGAUGAAAAUGUGGAGAUGAUCGAUGAGUCUGCUGUGCAAACAUUUUUUGGGUCAGCCCAGGAGUACACGAGUAAUACAGAUCACGGGUACAUCUUGUUCUAUGAAAAAAGCCUUGGUGCAGGCAACAAAAGCUGAGAAGAUCUGUUGUUUUACAGAUAGUAGGUACUAUUAUCACUCGGACUCAUUUUUCUUUUGUUUAUUUUUAUAAGUUUUUUUUUUUCCCCUUUUUUGUUUCACUUUCCAACCUCUCUGGAGGAGCUCAUGGAUAUCAGUGAGGUGACAUGGGUUGUUAAACAUUGUAUACUUAGGUUGUUGCAUGUACAGUGGAUGAAGCACACCUUUGUUUUUUUUUUUUUUUUCACAAUAAGAGGGAAAAAAGAGCAGUGUAUAUGCUAUGAGAAGAUCACAGAGUUUGU